CCCAGUGCCAACACAAACCAAAGUCCACAAAUCGAUCGUCGAGUUGUGUCAGUGUUUUGAAAACCUCUGGCAAGUGGCAUUCCACCGACAGUUACCCUGAUAAUUCGUCCGAACCCAUCGAAAUUAAUUUAAAUCGCUGAAUAAUGGUAAAAAUUCGAGACACGUUACUUUUACCCAGCGCCUGAUUCUGCUGACAGGGAAAAGCAUGGCAACGUGACAAAAUGGCGAUUCAGUACCCGUAAACGUCAAGGACGACAGUCACCUCUGGCUAUCGCCACUGAAAAAUUAUCUCCUAAAAUUGUGAACCGUUGCAAUCAAUCUAAUAUUAUCGGCGAAUUGGAAGUGCAUUUGAUAAGAGUGAAUUGACAAAUCAAUGCUGAGAUGAAUCUGCGUCGCGUCAUUUAUGGCGCCGCUGGGAAACUACGCGGUAGGAAAACGCAGUACGCCCAUCACGGGCUCUGCUCCCCAUAUUACUGAUGAUCAAUGGCUUUAUUCGAGAAAAAAUAUACGAAUAAAGUGUUGCUAGAUGAUACAGAGAAGUUGACAAGUGUCAUCGAAAAUGCUAGGACUAUUAACGGUCACACGAAUUUUUUUUCGCAUUUUCUAGGAGUAUGUGAUUAGGACACAGCGAGGCCCACUGCCGGAGAGAUCCUGGCGUAUUAGCAGACGAUACAAUGAAUUCGUUCAACUCAACACAGCUUUAUCCAUUUCGGGGAUUGAGUUACCAUUACCCCCAAAGAGAAUCAUUGGUAAUAUGGAUACUGACUUUAUAGCUCAACGACAAAUUGGACUGCAGAAUUAUUUAAAUACGGUACUAAUGAAUCCCAUAUUGGCAUCGUCCCUGCCAAUGAAACAUUUUCUCGAUCCUAACAACUAUACGGCACCACUGCACGAAAUAGCACUGCAACAGGUGUCACUGGCCCUCCGCAGCGAUGCAAACUUCGAGAUCGGGAAGCCCAUUGUGGACAUGGGCUGGCGGUUGAGAAAGCACUACUACACUGUGAAAAACCGUCAGAACCCGAAGCAAGAGCUCUUACUGGCAUGGGUGGAAUUUGGACCGGACAAACACCUUCCGGACAAGGAUAUGCAGGGGGUUUUCAAGAGCCUAGGCACCCUGAAGCACGCCAACAUCGAGGGAAUCGUUCAUCAGCACGUGACUGACACUGGGGCGCUCACGAUCAGAAAUUUUCAUCCCAAUGGGACUUUGAGGGACAUUCUGUGCAACACAAAACCAAAGCAACCGUUCAUCAAGAAGUACGGGAAUCCGAAGCAGCCAAAACCACUGGCUUCCUCGGAAAUAGCAACGUAUUCGUAUCAAAUAUUAGAGGCUCUCAGCUAUUUGCAUGAGAAGGGACUUCCUUAUGGACAUCUUCACACAGGAAAUGUUCUCAUUACACCUACGGGUGCUAAAUUACUUGACAUUGAGAAUGGACUCCUGGGCCUGCCCACUUUCUACCGACCCUAUGUUGUUCAAAGGAGGAAACUCCACGCAACAACUCAAGUAGACGUUUACGCACUAGGUCACGUUUUGUACGAGAUGUCAUUCGGUAGGCCUCUACUGGAAGCCACAUGUACAGAGUUACCGCACUGUGAUGUUCAUCUGAAAAAUCUUUUGGAGGUGAUUCUGUCCCCUGAGGCACUGAAACAGGAUCUCCCCACUUUCUCGAGACUCCUGGAGCACCCCUUUUUCGAUAGUGCGAGGCGAGGGGCGAAUGCCAGUGGAUCCAUAGAAAAACCUCAUUUUAAGUUGAGCAACCAUCUGAAGGAGGCACUCCUAGCUGCUGCUAAUAAGGCAGAGCAGAGACUGAGAGAUGAGCAGAAGGUUGCCAGGCAUCAAAAGAGGCUGGUCAAGGUCCAGGAGAUGAUGAGCUCCGAGGAGGAAAUGAAGAAGAGAAAGCAUAAAUUGAAAAAAGAGCAAAAAUUAGCUCAGGAACAAAAAUCAUCGGGUCAUCUUGGAACUAAUGGAGUCAAGCAGAUUAAUGGAAAAAGCCCGGAGAGAUCUGACAGUCCUACAAGCACAUCCACCACAACCAGUGUCGGCACUCUGACACCACCAUCGCAUGGUUCUAACGAGCAAAACAACCAAGGCCAUCCUCUGAGGAACAACAAUAACAUAAACAAUAACGUGGGACCUCCACCGCCACCGAUGCCAGUGCCAUCAGAGCAAUCAAAAUGCCAGUCUCCAGCAGCUCCAGCUGGACACGACAGAACUGCACUGCUCGGUAGUAUAUGUAAUUUCAAUAAGUCUAAUCUCCGCAAGGUCACCAAUGGAAAUAAUUGAAGAUUGAUAAUUGUAGCUUUAAAAGAUCUGAAAGGACGAAUUAAUCGAUCCAUUGAAUCGCCGAGGACAGUGGUUGAAGGAGAUCAAUAGAAAAACUUUGCACUCAUACAGUUGAUGAUAAGUUUGAAACUAUCAAAAAUGCAGAAAAUGUUGUCGUUCAUCUCUUUCGACCACUUUCUUUAUGAAAUAAUUGUCAGAGGGUGAAAAUACAGUGGCCUAGGCGUAGUGUACGUCUUUAGUUUCCAUUCCAAAAGAAAAAAAAAUUAUAUGCGAUAGCUACCCAAGAGUAUUAUGCCGAAUGUUGAAUUCUCAAUUGUGUGCUAGUUGAUAAUCGAAUCAAUUCUCAAACUCCAGAAAUUUAAUGAUUUUGCCGAAAUGAAUUUGAAUUAUUUCCGCUUGUCUUCUUACUUUGUACCUCUUACGUUUCACAAAGGAAACCUCAUAUCGAAGUUAAAGACUUGACGUUUACGUUGCCAAUUAAGCUUUUGUAAAUAACCAGGAAAAAGAAAUGUUUAAUAAUGAGAUGAGACAUGUGACGUGGUAGAAAAGUAAAUUAAUAUAUCGAUUUUAAUAAUUGUUAUAUUUCCAACGUCAGAUUAGGAGACGAGGGAAUGUAUAAAAGAAUAUUCUUCUUCUGUUGAGUUUACCUUAUUUUGUCGAAUGAAAAUACCUGCAAGAUUUUUAUGUAAAAAUACUUGAGAUAUAUAUGCACGUGACACAAAGUUAUAUUGAAUACGUGCAGUCAAACUAAAAAUGAAAAAAAAAAUCAACGUAUAUCAGUUAAAUGAUUAAAUAAGAAAAGUGGCUGAAUAAUGAAAAUAGUUGUCAUCUCCUUGUCCUUCGGAAAUUUAAUAAUGUUCAUAUGUCAGAAAAUCACUCCUCUCACGUCCUAGAAUUAUAAAAUAUUUAACAAAUAGUGGUAAAUACAACUGUUGGUCACAAGAUUGGAAAAUGAUUGAAGAUGAUUUGAAUUUAAGUUUUAUGUUGAUAAUGCAUUUGUAUCGAACUAUCUGUAAAGUUCCUCUGGAACAGUCUGUGAAGGGGAUUCUACACAAAAAGAAAAUUCUGCCAUUUUUGUGCUGAAAUAACGAAUUAACAAAUUACAUUUAACAGUUGAAAUUUACAGACAUUAUUUUACAAGUUUCUCUGGGACUAGUAGAUUUAUUCAAAACAAAAAUACAAUUUUUCAAUUUCUCAUAGGAUCAUUUAGUAUCAAAGUAAUUUCAAUAUCGCGUGCUCUGUGAGUUGUCUUCUACGUUCGCCAAUCCAUUAGUAUCAAAACUGAGCUGCUUGAAAAAGUUGAUUGUGUAAAAAGACCUCGCAUUAACAUGUUGGGUUGUCGUCAAUCAAAUGAGUGAUUAUCUUACAAUGAAAGAAUAAACAUUUAAAAACAAUGAACAGAACGUGUAUGUGCCAAGGAGAAACCCGAAGAAUUGAUGGAAUUUGAGAUGUUUGGGUGUAGAAAUCCAAAUCAUGAACAAACAAGUGUUUGACGACGUUGUAUGUGCUGUGUAUCUGAACUGUGAAUAUUAAAAAAUACGUAAUAUAA